CUGAAAGUCAUCGAUCGAAAGAAACACAUCUUCAAACUACAACAGGGUGAAUAUAUUGCACCAGAGAAGAUUGAGAAUGUUUAUGAGCAUUCCAAAUACGUGAUGCAAAUAUUCGUUUACGGCGAAAGCUUGAAAACGUGUCUUAUAGCGAUUGUUGUUCCUGAACAAAAGAUGUUAGAAAAGGCUGCUGCUGACCAUUUGGGUAUGCAAAAUCCAUCGUUGAAAGAAUUGUGCUCAAAUGAGGCUCUUAAGAAGCUCAUUCUGGAGGAUCUGAUCGAUAUCGGCAAGAAAGGAGGAUUGCAAUCUUUUGAACAGGUGAAAGACAUCUACGUUUCGCAAGAGCAGUUCACAAUCGAGAAUGAUAUGCUAACGCCGACGCUGAAAGGGAAACGUCCGAAUAUCAAGAAACAUUUUGCGGCGCAAAUUGAUGCAAUGUAUUCAAAAUUGAAAUAG